AUGGAACAGGGCAUCAAAGGCGUGAAGAUGGCGCUGAGUGUCCUCACGGAAUACUAUGCGAAGAGCGACAAGGCGCAUGACGCCGCCUUGGGCAGUGGAUCUGGAAUCAUCGGCCUCCUCGAGGUGGUCGAGAGCGACUUCACCAAGGGGCUCGCGGAGUACGAGGGCGCGGAAGAGAGCGCCCAGGCCGAGUACGAUCAGGAAACGAAGGACAUCGAGAUCGAGACUGCUGCCAAGGACCAGGACGUCAAGUAUAAAGUGAAGGAGUCCAAGGACCUUGACAAGGCCACGGCGGAGGCUACGUCGGACCGCUCAGGCGUCCAGACGGAGCUCGCCGCCGUCAACAAGUACCUGGGGUCGCUCCACGCCGAGUGUGACGAGACCGCGGACACCUACCAGGAGCAG